AUGUCACAGGAAGUUCCAAAAUCACUAAGUAAUGUCAAACAUGUGAUCCUAAUAUUGUCAGGAAAAGGUGGUGUAGGGAAAUCUUCAGUAACAACACAGACUGCGCUUACAUUAGUCAACAUGGGUUUCAAUGUAGGGGUACUUGAUAUCGAUUUAACAGGGCCAUCACUUCCGCGUAUGUUUGGCGUUGAAAAGAAACAAGUACAUCAAUCCACUCAAGGCUGGGUGCCAGUGCAAGUAUACUCGAAAUCAGAAACUACAUCCGGAGGAAGUUUGAAAUUGAUGUCAUUGGGGUUCUUACUUGGUGACCGAGGGAAUUCAGUGGUUUGGAGAGGUCCUAAAAAGACGGCUAUGAUCAAGCAGUUUUUAAAAGAUGUUGUUUGGAGCACUGAUGAACCACUAGAUUAUUUGCUUAUUGAUACGCCACCAGGCACAUCUGAUGAACAUAUAGCAAUAGCAGAAGAGUUGAGGUAUGCACAACCAAUCGAUGGCGCUAUUAUCGUAACCACACCACAACAAGUUGCCACUGCUGAUGUUCGCAAGGAGAUCAAUUUUUGUAAAAAAGUGAAUUUCAAUAUAUUGGGAGUAAUUGAAAAUAUGUCAGGAUUUAUUUGUCCAUACUGUGCAGAAUGCACCAACAUAUUCUCUAGUGGUGGAGGUGAGCAGUUGGCCAAGCAACUAGAUUUGAGGUAUUUGGGCAAUAUACCGAUAGAUCCCAGUUUCGUUGAAUUGAUUGAGUUACAGGAUGACAAGGACAAGAAAUUGAUCGACUUGUAUCAAACGUCGGAAUUGAGGCCAAUUAUGAGUGAUGUUAUAGACAAGAUACUACAUUUAAAUUUGGAGUCGAGAAUUUAG